CGGCGCUCUUCCUGCGCAGUUCUCCCUCGCAGCCUCCGCGGGGAAGUGCCCAGGCUGCUCUCUCCAGGCUCCGCUCUCCACUGCGCGGAGGCAGUCCCGGCGAGCGGCGGUGCGCCCCGUCUAGCGUGGCCAGGGCGCGGAGCGCAGCCUUCUCCUGGCGCCGCGCAGGCCGCCCCCCCGGAGGAGUCGUCUCUUGGCCCGCAGUUGCCGCCGCCCCGACUUUCCGUUCUAGUUGCAGCUCCUCCCGGGCAACAUGUCAAAAGCCGCCUCCUCUACAGCUGCGGCCUCCACCUGGGGAAGAGCAGCCGCGGCGGCGGCCGCGGCCGCCCAGGGCCAAUAAACCGAACCAUCCAGGCGUCCAGCGGGCUAGGGACCUCCCGGCGCUCCCUGCCGCGGCGGGGCCCGCCAUGUGCUGAGACAUGCCCCUCGCCGCGCCCGCCCGCCGCGCAUGGGGCAGCGCCUGAGCGGCGACCGAUCCAGUCUCGAUGUCCCGGGUCGGCUCCUGCCGCAGCAGCCGCCGCCCACGCCAGCGGUGAGGAGGAAGCUCGCGCUGCUCUUCGCCAUGCUCUGCGUCUGGCUCUACAUGUUCCUGUACUCGUGCGCCGGCUCGUGCGCCGCGGCGCCGGGGCUGCUGCUGCUGGGCUCCGGGUCCCGCGCCGCCCACGCGUCGCCGGCCCUGGCCCCCGGCUCGGAGGGGACUCCUCCUAGGCUGCCGUUCCAAGCCGCGCCAGCCGCCCCCUUGGCGGAGGGUAAGGAGGCGGCGGACGGCGCCGCGAGUCUGGAGGAGCAAAGUCCCGAGGCGCCGGACUCCCCCAGCCCCAUCUCUAGCUUCUUCAGUGGGUCUGGGAGCAAACAGCUGCCGCAGGCCAUCAUCAUCGGCGUGAAGAAGGGCGGCACGCGGGCGCUGCUCGAGUUCCUGCGCGUGCACCCCGACGUGCGCGCCGUGGGCGCGGAACCCCACUUCUUCGACCGCAGCUACGACAAGGGCCUCGCCUGGUACCGGGACCUGAUGCCCAGAACCCUGGACGGCCAGAUCACCAUGGAGAAGACGCCCAGUUACUUUGUGACCCGGGAAGCGCCCGCGCGCAUCUCGGCCAUGUCCAAGGACACCAAGCUCAUCGUGGUGGUGCGCGACCCGGUGACCAGGGCCAUCUCGGACUACACGCAGACGCUCUCCAAGCGGCCCGACAUCCCCACCUUCGAGAGCUUGACGUUCAAAAACCGAACUACGGGCCUCAUCGACACGUCGUGGAGCGCCAUCCAGAUCGGCAUCUACGCCAAGCACCUGGAGCACUGGCUGCGGCACUUCCCGCUCGGCCAGAUGCUCUUCGUCAGCGGGGAGCGGCUCAUCAGCGACCCCGCCGGCGAGCUGGGCCGCGUGCAGGACUUCCUGGGCCUCAAGCGCAUCAUCACCGACAAGCACUUCUACUUCAACAAGACCAAGGGCUUCCCCUGCCUGAAGAAGGCCGAGGGCAGCAGCAAACCCCACUGCCUGGGCAAAACCAAGGGCAGGACCCACCCCGAGAUCGACCGCGAGGUGGUGCAGAGACUGCGGGAGUUCUACCGGCCCUUCAACCUGAAGUUCUACCAGAUGACCGGGCACGACUUUGGCUGGGAUUGAACGCACUCCAAGGUGCAGCUUUCCCCCUUGGCUUAUAUAUUGAGAGAGAUUAUAUGUAUGUAAAAUGUACAGAAAUCUAUUUUAUAAUAAUUUAUUUUUAAUUCAUAAGCAAUUAAUUCACUAAGCUGCCUAGCCACACUCUUUAGAGAGUUAGCUUCAUAAUCUGUUAACAUUCCAAAGUGUUUAACGCUAAUAUUUUGGGUUUUUACCCCUCACAAUGGAUGGUGCUUCCGUUUUUUUUUUUUCCCCCUCACCCAUUCUAUUUAAAAAGAAAAGCACAACUUGAGAUUUUUGUUGUUACGGGUAUUCAGCCUUUGAUUGCCGCCUCCUCCUUGUGUCUUGGGUCGUAUAGUCCACCUCCAUUUCUCUCCCUGCCUGUGUACCUCAAAUGAGCACUGAGCUGCCUCUGCAUGCAAUCUGAAGGUCAGAGCUGUUGCCGCAGCUUCCUCAUGGACAUGAUGCCAUUUCUGAGGACAUAGAUGCCACCAUGCUAGGUUUUCCCCGAAGUCCUCUCAGCACAAGAGGGAAUACUACCUUUGCAGGGACAUCCGCAUCCUUUUAGAGUUUGCAUGCCAGGGUCCAUUUACUUCAGCUUUUGGUUUUGAAGGAUGGCCCUACCUCCUUUUCCACCCCAGUCCCUGGUUCAUUAACCAGCUUGAAGUAUAUGCAAAUCUUAGCCCCCUCAUUCCCAGGUCAUGUGUAUGAGAUGCUUGGGUGCUGCUUUAGAAAUAGACUGUGUCUUCUAAUUUGCAUGAGAGCACACCACACUCCAACCUCCAGGCAGACAGUUCUGCUCUGACACACCAAAGAAUCCCCUAGGCUGGCAGAACUACCUGCACAAACCCAGGGUGCUGGGUGUCAAGCCCGAGGGGUCACAUGCAUCCCAUCUGGUCAGUGUCUACCAAGGUGCUGCUGGGUACAGAGCCAGCCCAUGUUGGGCACAUCCCAGUAGGCCGGCAGUUUUGAUGGGGAGAAAAGACCAAGACCCCCAGAAGGGUAGGUGGCCUGAUGGAAGAAGGGAAUCUCUUGGGCCCCCUCUGCUUGAACUUCCCUUUUUGGAAUUCCUGGCUCAUCUCAGACUGACAGGGUGUUCUGUAGCCAACAGCCAAUGGUGAGGAUCAGAAGUAGUUCUUGUCAAGACAGACUGGGAAAGCUGGCCCCGGCAUGGCCGUCAGCACGAGUCUGAUACUUGUGAAACUGUUUUAGCCAGGGCCUGCAUGAAGGCUUGACAACAUUUUUGCUGCUGAUGCGAAAUGCUGUCCCUGUAUCUCUGCGCCGAGAGAGCAACUGACAUCAUUUCUGAUGACAAGCUAGUGGCAGCGGGUAACCACAUAGCAAUAUCACAAAAUGACACAUUCACUUUAUCUUUGAUUCUUUAAACCAGGAUGCUUUUGCCAUAAAAGAAGUGGUAUUUGAGUUACACUUUCAUCAAGGAAUAUGGGGCAAAGUAUACAUAAUGUCCCUUGGUUGGGUUGUGAUACUUACAAAGGCUGCUUCUGUAACUCACGUGAUUAAAGGAAGAAAACUUGUGUGAAGAGAGAGGGAGAAAACAAUCAUCUUUAGAAACUGGUCGAGAUGUCCCUGGUCUUUAUGUAAUGUCUGGUUGGUCAUCAGGCUUGUAUUUGCCCACGGGUUUAGCCAGGGCUCACUAGCUUACACUGAGCAGGAAACUACCCUCGUGUAGGUGUGUGUUGGAGGAAGUGUGUAGGAACUCUGUGCGUUCCUCAGAUGCUAGCUUCCAUUCACAGCUUUUUUACUGCUUCUACCACAUAGAACACGCACUUAGGGAAACGCUGUGAUUCUCCCUUCUUGCUGCUUGGGUGUCAAAGACACCUGCGUCAGGGUGCUAACUGGCGGUGCAUCUCUCUGAUCAGAAGGUUCAUUUGAAAUAAAACAGAGGACACCUCUUUGUAGCUACAGCUGAACAUUGCUGCAUAUAAGGGAGUGUUGCUGUCCUCACCUGGUCCCGCCCCGGCCCUGCGCUGGCUGCUCGUGUUCUGUGGAAUCCCCAGAACGUCAGAGAAGGUUAGUGGCUCCAAAGCGGCAGUAAAACAGGCAGGGGCUUUCCCUUCCCCUUCAGGUCCAUGCUGUCUUUCCCAGCUGGGUAAGUUUUGAUUAAGUUGUUUAUUCCCUGCCUUAACAAAAAUAAAAACCGGAAACAGGGAAUUCUCAGAUAGGAGGAGGGUCAUUUAGUCACGAACACUGAAGUGGGUCAAGAUUCUAUUCUGGGUCAAAUCCUUGAAUCCAAACAGAUGUCGAUAAUUAGCUCUGAUGCACCAGAGCAAGUUUUUAUAUGUAAGACAAAUAAAUCAAACUUCCUGUGCAUCUCUGCCUAGUGGUCUGGUAGCUUGUACUCCCCGACUGAUCCGCACACAGCAUCUGCCCCAAGUUUACACCCCAUCACGUGAUGGUUAUUCCAGGGCCGGAGCCUGUAUGUCUUCCUCCCGGAGAAGUUAGGCAACACGUAAAGUUAAGCCUUGGAUUUCUUCCUGCUCUAGCAAUCUGCAAAGCCACCAAUUUCACUUUUGCUGCUAGAAGACAAACACCAUUUCAUGUUUUGGCAAUUUGUCCUAGCACAUGUUUUGGGUCUCUUCCAAUUUAUAGGAAAAGCUCUGAUAGUCGUUGGAGUGCUUUAUUCCUGUUUUGUUUUUCUCAUUAAAACAAAAAAAAAGGUCAAUAAAAAAUCGGAGGGUUUGAUUGUUCCUCUCUCUCCCAUGCUGUCUUUGAGGUGUUUGUACAAUAGUCUGUUAACUUGGUAGGUGGUACCGGAAAGGUAUUUUGGUCUAGUGACUGCAUAAUUAAUACUUAAUUGGAGGAUGGAAGCUGAGAACUUGUCUUCUUCGUGGGAUUCUCUUUGAAAGUCAUUUUGAGUGACAGAUACAUUCUAGACCUUCUGAGAAACACAGUUUCGGAUCCCACCAGGAUAUUUCCAUAAAAAAAGAAAAUGGGAGGUUCCAAUAAACUAGAAACACUUAGUGUGUAUGUAAAAUGCUGACACAGAAGUCAAUGUCACUUUUCUUUCCAGUCUAUCAAGAAGGAUGGUCAAUAAAUCUUAAAGGUGUGGUUAGAUUUUUUUUCACUUUUGUAACAUUAAUUUAUGACUGAGUUUCAUUCAGCCCAGUAAUCUGAAAUACCGUGCAAAUUCUAGCAGUGUGUCUUCUAUAACCUGGAUCUUAGCAUAGCCAAUAUGUACAAAAAAAUUAAAUCAAGUAUUUUGUCCUAUGUAUAACACAAAUUAAUUUUACACAGAGAAAGAUGUUUCUAGGAAAAUGAAAUUCUGGUAAUUCAUACUAUUGCUUUGUAUGAACAAAUAAAAUAUAUUUUACCAACUUGCGGGUACUUUUGUGUUUUAUUAUGGUCAAUAAAUCUUAAAGAUGGGGUUAGGAUUUUCUCACUUUUGUAAUAUCAUGACUGAGUUUUAUGAAUCCUAGUUAUCUGAAAUACCAUGUAAAUUCUAGCAGUGUCUACUACUCUGCCUUGCAUAUGGAUGGGGAAGAGUUAUUUUAUUCAGUAACUAAUCACACACACACACACACAGUUAUCCUGAAGGCAAGUUGGUCUUUUUAGAUUUUAAAAAGGAUCCGAUCCAAAAUCCAACUAAUGCAUAAAUAUUCGGGGUGGAUUUUUUGGUAACUGACUGACAGAGUGGGUGAGAGGGCUUCUGUCCCCAGUAGACGGGUGCCUCCCCUGAGGAAGUGUGUCUGUGACUCUGGCUUCCAAGGGUACCUCCGCUUCGGAGUUGGCUGCCUCAGGCAGGGCAUCAUCCACUCAGGCACGAUGUAAACAGAACUCUGGUGGUUGGGUCAUCAGAUAAUGUAGCAUGGCCUCCUCCUGCCUGCAGAGUCUUCUCAUGCCAGUUAUCUGGAGAUGCUUAUCUGUGGGGCAGAGGCAGGAAAAAGUUUGGACAAGAGACAUUUCUGUUUCUUUAACCUGAAGCAAACAAUCUUCUGUUUUCUUUUGACAUAGCAUACCAUAGAUAUUAUUCACUAUUUUAAACAUUUGAUUCAUUCCUUGUUUUACUUAACUUUUUCAGUUUUCAAUUGAGAUUUAAUUUGGUACAUGCCUCGUUUUGUUUUGUGUGUGUGCGUUUUUCCUUCUUUAGAGAAAGAAUCAGAGGGAGAGAUAACUGGUUGGGUUUUGAAGUAACUGACACUAAGUUGAUAAAUUUAGACUCAGACUCCAAAGUUGCAACUUUUUUUUAAUUCACUUUAUUGAGGUAUGGUUGCCAUACAAAAAGCUGUGCAUGUUUUGUGUAUACACCUUGAUGAAAUUGGAGAUGAGCGUACGUGAAUAAAGCCAUCACCACAAAUCAAUGCCAUGAAUAUAACCAUCUCUUCCAAAAGUUUCCUCUUCUACCUUUUUUUGUAAAAUUUUAAGUAUACAAUUUAGCAUUUUUAACUCUAGGCACCAUUGUGUACGAUUGCUGUCUAAACUUUAUUUUGCAUAACUAACUUAUUUUACUUAAUCUGAAAAGGAAUGUAUUAUAGGCUUCAUUGAAAAGCUCUAGCUCUUGCCAUAAAGAGGAAAUAAUCAUAAAAAUAAAAUAUAAAUACAUUGUGUAUAUGUACCACAUCUUCUUGGGAUGAGGAAAAAGACUAAUUAUGAUAAAGUAAAAAUCAAAAUCAACAAGCAACUAUAAACCAGAGGCACACUACGGGGCAGGGGAUCGGGAGGA